AUGCCUCAGAAGAAGAUCCGCUGCACCUUUAAGGAGUGCAAGGAUGCUGCUCAACGCAUCGUUGGCGACUGCGGAUUCUGCAACGGCCACUUCUGUGGCAAGCACCGCCUCUUAGAGGACCACAAGUGCGACGGCUUGGAAGACUGCAAGAAGCAAUCACAUGAGCGGAAUGCAGCACAACUCGAGAGCGAGCGCACGCAAGUUAUCCGUGGGGUAUAA